AAUUUUUAAUAAAUUCCUAUUUCAGGAGACGAAUUCAAUUCCAGCAGAAACAGACAGACUGCUGAUGUUACGGGCAAGCAUGCGUGCUAAAGGGUUGAGAUCUCACACAUACACACAUGGUCCAUGACACGCCCCUUAUUUGUACUGAAAGGGAAAGUGUAAGAUUUGUAUCGAGAUAACGGAAACAUUUUCUAGCUUUUCUAUCGUAAAUUCUCCUCGUUUUUCUCAUUGUAUUGUGUUUAAAUUCUAGUGUAAACCUGUGUCUGUAUUUUUUUAGAUAUGAUGUAAUAAAAAUUAUCCCAGCUGCUAGCAUCAAGUUAACAAUCCGUAACCGUGUAUGUUGUUGGACUCUAUAGAAGAGCCUCCCUGUCUCAACUAUCAGCCCAUACUUGUGUACUCCACCCCAAACAGAGCCUGAAAUAGCGGAGACUCAACGGAGAAAAUCCACCAAAUAUUCAACUUACAAUAUCCGAAAAACAUGGCGUACAGUAAUACAUUGCGGAUUUAUUGGAUUUCAGGCUGAUAUGGAAUUCUAGCCAGAGUGUGUGUGUUUGGACAGGAAAGCCUAGGUAUAUGAGUCUGCUCCUCGGAAAAUCGAAGUUGUGAGUUAGUAUUCCCAGGGAGGGGGUACAACAGACAUACUCAGACAUCAGAGGGGUUAUUUACCUCAAAUACAAGGACCCCUUUUCUUGAACAAGGUGUAGCCUAGCAGUAUUAGCGUUAAGACAAGGAUGUUUAGAAUUCUUAACUUUGGUGGAAAAUGGUGAAAUUGUGAAUUGUGAUAAGAAUGCAAAAAUCUAACAAAGACUGGCUGCUGUGGGGCUCCAUACUGGCCCCCUCUUCACUGUGAUACAUAUCCUGGUUAUCAAUCUUAAUUGGACCAUGAUUAUUUGGGUUGUAUACCUGGCUGUGUGGGUUGAGUGUGUGCUGACCGGGUGGCAGGAAAAUAAAUCUCCUAGACUGUAUCUUCAACCUAGGGAGAGGUUUGAUUACUCCGUGUUCCGUGGGAAUAAAACUAGCCAGGACUAUUUCUCAGUUGUUCUUAGAGAUGGAGAUAGUUUUCUAGUCGGGGGCAGAAACCUACUCUACAAGCUUAAUGUACAUGAUCUCAAGGUAUUUAUUAUGAUUGUUUUGAAAAAGUACGAGAAUGACGCAGGACGCUACUUGAUCUGUGGAACAAAUGCGUACAAACCUAUUUGUAGGGAUUAUGUUGAAGACGCAGGCAACUACCUGAUGACGAAUGAGGUGAAGGGUGUUGGUAAAUGUCCUUACAGUCCCCGGCACAACUCUACUGCUGUACUAGACGGGGAUAGACUGUACGCGGGUACAUCAGCUGAUUAUCAGGGUGUGGACCCCCUGGUGUACAGGGAUCCUUUAAGAACCCCUCAGUUUGACUCUACGUACUUCAACAACCCCAGUUUCGUCGGAUCCUUUGCUGAUCAGAACUUUGUUUACUUUUUCUUCAGAGAAGGUGCUGUAGAGUACAUGAACUGUGGAAAGAGUGUGUAUAGCCGUGUAGCAAGGGUGUGUAAGAAUGAUAAAGGAGGAACAAGAUCACUCAAUGAUAAGUGGACAAGUUUUAUCAAAGCUAGACUUAACUGCUCAGUUCCUGGGAAUUUUCCAUUCUACUUUGAUGAAAUCCAAGAUAUUACUAGAGUUAUCGAGGUGAGAAAUAUUAGGUUUACUUUCAUUUUUGUUUACUUUAAUGUAUUAUGUGAUGCAGGAGGAUCAGCUGUGUGCGCGUUUAGCGUUGACGACAUGAACGCGGCAUUCGCUGGACUGUUCAAGGAGCAGCGCAGCAGCAGUGAGAACUGGUUAGCUGUAGAACCACAUAAGGUUCCUGAACCGAGACCAGGUUUUUGCACCAACAACAGCAAGGUUGAUCUUCUCGAUGCAAACAUGAACUUUAUCAAGACACAUCCCUUGAUGAAUGAUGCGGUUCCUGCAUACUUUCCUGGACCCUUGCUGAUUCAAACAGGGUUGACCGGAGGGUUUACUUGCCUUGAUGUUGACGCCCAGGUGAUGGGUCCUGAUGGUUCUUUGUAUGAUGUUCUUUUUGUUGGAACUAAAGAAGGUCAUCUCUUAAAGUCUGUGAAUAGUGUCUCUGGAACACUAGGAAACCCAAGCUUGGUUCCUCCUACUCCAGUACUUAUCGAGCAAAUUGAGGCUGUUGAAGGGAAAAUCAUAAAAAUACAAGUUGUCAAUGAUAAAAAAGGUUCUGGGAGUGUUAUAGUUGUAUCAUCUGAAGAGAUAAGAUCCUUCCCUCUCUAUAGAUGCGAGAAAGCUGCGUCUUGUUCUGAGUGUGUUGCGCUUCAGGAUCCCUACUGUGCGUGGGAUGUCCGUGGAGAGAAUUGUCGGGGUGCGCUGAGCUGGUCAAAAGGAGCACACAAGUCCUACCUACAGAGUGUGGUGGAGGGUAGACACGCCCUCUGUCCAAGAUCUGACCCCGCCCCCACCUCCCCCUCCCUACAACCUUACAAUAAAUAUCAAACAGGUACCGUGAUCAACUCUAUUGAAGAUACAAGGUUGGAUAAACCUACUCCUACAGGCAGAGACGGAGGAAGACGAGACAUUGCUCCGGAAAGAAAGGUUAGAUUCAAUUCUCAUUUUUUACGUUGCACCUGCCCUCUGAACUCUAUCUAUCUAACUAUCUGUAUCUGUAUCUGCAUCUAUGUACACUGUACAGGAUACUGCUGUGGGCGGAAAUGUGGUAAGGAUGAGAGUAAUGUACCAUAUCAAGAUGCAGAAUAUGAAUACUUUGAACAGCGUCAACUUCCUUCUCGACAACUUCCUCCCCAACCUUCUCUUCAACCCCUUCUACGCCAGAAUGAUUAUAAUAAACCAGCAGUAGAAGAGACGGUGUAUGCUGAACCUAUUCUAGUCAAUAAACCACUUAAUCCAUUAGGAACAACACUCGCGCACAAACCCUACCCCAGCUCCGGCAUGGUUGGUCAGGGUAUCGGUCAACCUCCAUUCUACAAUCAGAACAACAAGUUCAAUACCAUAUCAAACAUACACAAACGUGGAGGUCACUACGGUGUGGGGCGUGGUGUACUCUCUGAAGACCGUGACGCUCUUGUGAACCACUAUGAGCGAGGAGGCGUUGCUGGAUCCCGGGGCCCGCCCUCCUCUGUCUACCACAUGGGUACCCUGGGCUCCCGGGUAAACAAGCUAGUGCAGGAUCCAGGCCAGGUGGUGGAUAGUGCAUAUGGAACCACGAGAUCUAAUAAGAAAGUUUAUCUCUAAAUCUUAACCCGACCUAACCCUAGAGUCUACCCGUUCUGUGAUAGGUAGAUACUAAUUAGAGGAAAAAAUUCCUACAACUCUCUGAACAUUUAGCGCCAAGAUGCAAGAAUUCGGCUGAAAACAAAAUGUCGGUUCCAAUCUUAAAUUAAACAAGAUGUCGGCUCCAGUUUAUAAUGGAACAAGUUUUUAGCCCUCAGCAUAGAUAAAACAAAAAGCCCAGCUUUAAUCAAAACAAACUGUCUGCGCCUAGUAUAAAAGAAAAAAAUGUCGGCGUGCAUCUUUAAAUUAAACAAAAUGUCGCCUGCGUUGUGGAAAAAUGUGAGCAAAGACUGAGUUAAUAACGAUCUGAUAAUCUACUUCUAACAAUGAACAAAGCACCGCACUUCACUGUACUCUCUUGAAUACUGCAAUGCAAAGAUUUGCAUGAAAGUAAAGCCUAAACCCCAGCUGUGUAUAUGAAUAGAUCUCAGAUUAGAUAUUUUUAUCUUACUCCCAUCCCUGGUCAAGGGAUGUUUAUAUCUCGUUUAAAGAUAUUUUUACCUUCAAAGAAUCUUUGACCUUUCUCUCUUAUCACUUAAUUAUGCUUAAAUAUUUAUUAACUGUAUUUCAGGCGUAUAUAUUUUAUAGAAAACUUAACUGUACUUUUUGAUAUUUUAAUUUUGUAUAUAUACACCCAUAAAAUAUGCUAUCGCGUAAAUGUACGCGGUGAACCAACAUUUGGCCAAAUUUAAUCCAUAUCGCUCAAAUUUAUAUUUAUUAGCUUCAAUAUUAUAGCUUACUGCUCAUACCGGCAUUUAUGUAAUUUCAAUGUUUAAAAUUCAUAAUAACUAAAAUAAUUGUUUAAUCAAACCGUAAGAAAAUUCCAGAUCCUUCCCUUCACCCCCCCCCCCCCCCCCCCCCCCCCCCCCCCCCCCCCCCCCCGCUUGCUAAUGAACUUCCUUGAUAAUUGGGAUCAGCAUUCAGCAUAUUUUAACAACCACGAAUUGUUGCUGAAUAAAUAUUGUAAAAUUUCUGAUAUAAAAAUGUACCGUAAUUACUUAUGAAGUUUGUUAUCUACAUUAUUUAUGUAUUUUCUUGUAUCUUCUAAACUGUGAAUAGUGUAUGUACAGUGUACAAGGUACAUAUUGUACAUGAACUUAAAUUGUAAGUGUUCUUCAGUCUUGAUUUGAUACCUAUGUGCUGUAUUGUUUUCUAUACCAGAUUAAUUAAACCUAUUUUUAAUAAUUCUGUGUUAGAUUGUCCCAACCAUUAUCUAAAUUUUUAGUGCACAGUUUUUUCUUGUUUUUUUUAUUUGGAAAGAAAUUUUCGUUUUAACUUGUCAAGUUUUCGAGCUUAGUUUUGUAAAUUGUAAAAUAUGUAAAAUCUUGAUAUUUGGCUUCUAACAUUUCUAGUUUCUCCCCUCUCUAGUCCCAGCCCUGCCAUAUUUUUUAAUUUAUUUAAUAUUUAUAUAUUUUUCUACCAUUAGUUGCCUAAAUUAUAUGACAUGAAAUUGAGCUGAAGAACUCAGGCAAUUUCAAGAAAAAAAUAUGCGCUUAUGCCGCCAACUAUUAUUAGCGAAUAAUGGCGGAUUUAAAAUGGCGGGUUGAUCUUGAUCUUGUUCUCGGCUCAAAUGUCUUUGUGCUACCAUUGUUGUAUAUGCUAACUCAUUUUCUAUUCUUAAUAAAUUUAAAAUGAAUUAUA